AUGGCGAGCGACCCGAAACCCCGGGCGACUUGCGAUGAAUCGGCUCAGGCCAUCCGCAAGUACCUUGAUGAGCUGCGGCUGGAAGUCGAAGAGCUUGAGGCGCAAGUGGCGAAGCUCCAACAGGAGGCUUUGCCUGCUUCCGUGGAGAAGGGCGCUGUAAAGCUCAAUGUUGGUGGAGACACUGGCUUCGAGUUGUUUCGAGAGCAGUUUGAUUGCUUCCCCAAGUCCCUUCUGCACUCCCUCGUGACUGGCCGGUGGGGUGGGUACACAAGCUUGGAUGAUGAAGGCCGCCUCUUUUUAGACUUAGAUCCGGCACAGUUUCGCUGCGUACUGGAUUGGGUCUUUGAGGGCUCGGAGUCGGAACGCCGCCGGGCGCCGGAGACCUCGGAGCCGCAGACCUGGGGCCUGGACCUGUUGCUGCGCUUUCUGGGUCUAGCAGAAGACCCGGCCACCGUCGUCGGAGAGCCAAAGGUCAAGUUGGACCCAGAAGAUGGUGCUGUUUGUACGUAUACUGAGAUCCUGUGCAAGUACGCGAAGGAGUUCACAUCUGAAGAAAUACGCGACUACUGGAUGAAUUGCAUGGAGGGCGUGCGAACCUCAAUGCCAUGCUAUCGGCCAGUGAUGAUGUGCAAUGGCAUGCCGGUUCGGGACCAGCUCACCUCGCAGCAGUCAUCGCAAAUUGAUGAGCUCGCCUGCCUUCUGGCUGACCACAUCCGUGCUGUCCAGGAGGAGGGCCAGGAGCUGCACCAAAGGAGGAGUGCUGCGCAGGACCAACUGGAGAAGCUUGAAGCAGAGCGCACAGGCAUCCGGCUGCUGGGUGGCAGGGCUGCUACGCUCCCAAGUGGCAGCGAAGGCCAAACACAGCAGCCAGUGUACUUCAAUGCUGCUGGGCGCAUCCUGGCGACGAGCCGGGCCACGCUCCUGCACUGCACAGGCUCAAUGCUCGAGCGCUGGUUUGGUGGUGACUGGACUCUCCAGGAGAGCGACCUCGUUGGCAAUGCCGUGCGCAUUGACCAGGACUCCGAGACCUUCUCGUCUGUGCUGCAGAUUCUGCGAUAUCAUCGCAUCUUCGGGCCGAGCUCCUUGCCUCUCGGGCAGCCCUGCCGGAAGGCAAAGCUCCCCGCUCUGCGGCAGGCCUUGUCCUACUUCCAGUUGGAGCAGGUGAAGGGACACGGAAAAGGCUUCAAAGGCAAAGCCUCGCGGAGCGCUUCCGCCUGGUUGCGGCCAGAGUCGCUGCACAUCCCACGGCGUGAGGAGGUGUUUGAAGCCUCCUCCGAUACCAACAGCCCUGUGAGAUGGGAAGUUGCCGUCGAAGUUGCAUUGUGA